UACAUAACUCAUGAAAACCCAAAAUUCCUAUCUCAAAAAAUUAGCAUAUCAUAAAAAGGUUCUCUAAACGAGCUAUUAACCUAACCAUCUGAAUCAACGAAUUAACUCUAAACACCUGCAAAAGAUUCCUGAGGCUUUUAAAAACUCCCAGCCUGGUUCAUUACUCAAAACCGCAAUCAUGGGUAAGACUGCCGAUCUGACUGCUGUCCAGAAGGCCAUCAUUGACACCUUCAAGCAAGAGGGUAAGACACAGAAAGAAAUUUCUGAACGAAUAGGCUGUUCCCAGAGUACUGUAUCAAGGCACCUCAGUUGGAAGUCUGUGGAAAGGAAAAAGUGUGGCAGAAAACACUGCACAACGAGAAGAGGUGACCGGAUCCUGAGGAAGAUUGUGGAGAAGAACCGAUUCCAGACCUUGGGGGACCUGCGGAAGAAGUGGACUGAGUCUGGAGUAGAAACAUCCAGAGCCACUGUGGACAGGCGUGUGCAGGAAAUGGUCUACAGGUGCCGCAUUCCCCAGGUCAAGCCACUUUUGAACCAGAAACAGCGGCAGAAGCGCCUGACCUGGGCUACAGAGAAGCAGCACUGGACUGUUGCUCAGUGGUCCAAAGUACUUUUUUCAGAUGAAAGCAACUUUUGCAUGUCAUUCAGAAAUCAAGGUGCCAGAGUCUGGAGGAAGACUGGGGAGAGGGAAAUGCCAAAAUGCCUGAAGUCCAGUGUCAAGUACCCACAGUCAGUGAUGGUCUGGGGUGCCAUGUCAGAGCCGGUGUUGGUCCACUGUGUUUUAUCAAGCGCCGGGUCAAUGCAGCUAGCUAUCAGGAGAUUUUGGAGCACUUCAUGCUUCCAUCUGCUGAAAAGCUUUAUGGAGAUGAAGAUGGUUUACUGACCAUGGUAUUACUGUGCUCAAUUGGCCUGCCAACUCUCCUGACCUGAACCCCAUAGAGAAUCUGUGGGAUAUUGUGAAGAGAAAGUUGAGAGACGCAAGACCCAACACUCUGGAUGAGCUUAAGGCCACUAUCGAAGCAUCCUGGGCCUCCAUAACACCUCAGCAGUGCCACAGGCUGAUUGCCUCCAUGCCACGCCGCACUGAAGCAGUCAUUUCUGCAAAAGGAUUCCCGACCAAGUAUUGAGUGCAUAACUGAACAUAAAUAUUUGAAGGUUGACUUUUUUUGUAUUAAAAACACUUUUCUUUUAUUGGUCGGAUGAAAUAUGCUAAUUUUUUGAGAUAG